ACCAUCCUAACUGAGAUUCUGAAAACCUUUAUAUUUAAGGUCAACUACUGUAUUAUUUUCAAACGCGUAUCGUCGUAGUCUGCUGCUUUAUCGGUUGUUCAUACUUUGUAUUAACAAAUUUUCGGAAGCUGUUAUUUUUCAAUUUUUUCCAAAGGACAUUCAACAUGAAAUCAAUCGUUUUACUCGCAGUGUUCAGUUCUGCCUUAGUAUUUGUACUAGGUGCUCCAGAACUGAGUGAUUUUCAAAAAGAAGUCUUAAAGAAAGAAGAGGAAGCUGCCAAAUACUGUAAAACCAUUUAUCCAGUCAAUGAAGAUAUACGUAAAAAAUUGGGUUUAUUUGUCGCUAAAGGAGAAACUAUUCCAAAAUACUUCAAUACAACAGAGUGGUGUAAUCUGCACUGCAACCUGGAAAGAACUGGAUUUUUCGAUGCUUCGGGUAAAAUGCAAGUUCGCAAGAUCUUCAAAUAUAUGCUUAAAUCGAUUCCUGAAAUUGCACCCAACAGUCACACGCUUUUAAUUUCGUUAUUCCAAAAUGCCAGAUCGACCAACGGUAUGGAAGACAAAUGUGAAAAAGCUUUUGUAGCAUAUUAUCGAUUUACUGAAGCUGUUAUGAUAGCUACUUUGGCUAUUGAUUUGAACGCACAAACCGACGUCAGAGAAAAAGUUGUAGAAAGUGUGUUGACCGGCGAAGAGUUGCCGAAAGAAUUAGAGACCAGCAUAGAAAAGUACUUGAAAAAUGCCGAGAACUUCUUCUCUCAAACGAUUAAACCAAGUCCAAGCGGUGCUCCUGCAGCUGCUCCCGUCAGUUAAUGCAAUGCCUAAUUCAUCAGUGGAAAAUUUAAUGCCAGCAUUCAUCAUCCAGAAGACAUUUUCUUCAUAAUUAUGGUGAUCGAAUCGUACCUAUCCUGUUACCUCGAUUGCGUUUAAUUUUAUUAAUCGAAUCUGGGAGAUUUUUCAAAACUGAUUCAAAAUUCAGUUAAUUGUAUUACCUAUCAGAACCAAAUAAACAAUUCCAUUCAUU